UUAAUGAACAUAAACCUAAAAACGAAAAAAUAUAGAAGUAGUUUUUACGGGGACAAUGAAGAUGAAGAUGAAAUAAGUUACAGAAGAGCUUUUGUAAGUGCCGAAGAACUUGGAGAUUUUAGAAAAAGCACGAAGUAUGGAUAUGGUACCAACGACCUAUACACACCAAGUCGUCGAUUAUAUGACUUCCAUGCUGGGAUGAGGUCACCAAUCCUUGGAUCUCCAACGGUACCCAGUCAGCUGCCCGAAGCAGAAGCCAUUCUCCCAGGGCAUACGCUGAUCAGACCAGCUCUGGGAAUGCUCAAAUCUGCUGUGAAGUUUCCACAUAAAGACCUGGACAAUGGUGCUGGAGUUUAUGGAAAUUUGGAUAAUUUGGGUAUCACAUACGGCGGUACAGGCGAACGAGUAUUGUACACUGGAUUUAGAAGAAAUAAUAAUGGCUUCUUACCAUCUGUAUCAAGUGAAGCCUCGAACUUUAAGCCAAGAUACAUAAUAGCACUAGUACGCAAGAAACCACGAAAUAAGGAUAAACCAGUAGCACGAUUCCGAGAUUAUGGCAAGCUAGAAAGAGAAAAAAAGCAACUACUUCUAAAUAGUUUCAGUCCAAAAACGAUGAAUGAGACAGAAAGACUGAGGAACUCAAAAAAACUCACCAAGACUUAUAAAACAAACGGAAUCACGUUAGAGUUUUUUGAAAUACCUAAAAUUAAAGAAGAAGCCGAAGAAGCCAUGUUGGUAAGCGAUGCUGUGUAG